AUGGAUGCGUUGGGUAAGAAUUCCUUGAAGUUCUUCGCGCUCGGCGGAGGUAAUGAAGUCGGCAGGUCAUGUCACAUCUUGCAGUUUAAGGGCAAGACUAUUAUGUUAGACGCAGGUGUCCAUCCAGCUCAUCAAGGUUAUUCAUCCCUGCCAUUUUAUGACGAAUUUGAUUUGUCAAAGAUCGACGUCUUGUUGAUUUCCCAUUUCCAUGUGGAUCAUGCAGCUUCCCUUCCAUAUGUAAUGCAAAAGACCAAUUUCCAAGGUAGAGUCUUCAUGACACAUCCAACAAAAGCCAUUUACAGAUGGCUAUUAAGAGAUUUCGUGAGGGUGACAAGUAUAGGUGUAUCAUCUGGCGGCAAGGAUGAUAAUUUGUACACGGACGAAGAUCUUGCCGAAUCAUUUGACAGGAUUGAAACAAUUGAUUUCCAUUCGACAGUGGAUGUGAACGGUAUAAAAUUCACAGCGUACCACGCAGGUCAUGUUCUUGGUGCCGCAAUGUUUCAGAUCGAAAUUGCCGGUGUGAGGAUCUUAUUCACUGGUGAUUAUUCGCGUGAACUAGAUCGACACUUGAACUCUGCCGAAGUUCCAACUCUGCCUUCCGAUGUUCACAUUGUCGAAUCCACAUUUGGAACAGCUACGCAUGAACCCCGUGUAAACCGUGAGCGUAAGUUGACUCAAUUAAUUCAUUCUACAGUAUCGCGUGGAGGUCGUGUCCUGUUACCAGUGUUUGCGCUUGGAAGAGCUCAGGAGAUUAUGUUGAUCUUAGAUGAAUAUUGGACUCAGCAUUCUGAUGAGCUGGGUGGUGGUCAGGUUCCGAUAUACUAUGCCUCUAAUUUGGCUAAGAAAUGUAUGAGCGUAUUCCAGACUUAUGUCAACAUGAUGAACGACGAUAUUCGCAAGAAGUUUAGAGACUCGCAAACAAAUCCAUUCGUCUUCAAAAACAUCUCAUAUCUUAGGAACAUCGAUGAUUUUCAGGAUUUUGGACCUAGUGUCAUGUUGGCAUCUCCCGGUAUGCUUCAAAGUGGGCUCUCUAGGGAUGUUCUAGAAAAAUGGUGCCCAGAAGACAAGAAUCUUGUGCUGAUCACUGGUUACUCUGUGGAAGGGACUAUGGCAAAAUUUUUGAUGCUAGAGCCUGAUACAAUCCCAUCCAUCAAUAAUCCCGAAGCGACAAUACCAAGGCGGUGUCAAAUUGAAGAGAUUUCAUUUGCGGCUCAUGUUGAUUUCCGAGAGAAUCUAGAGUUCAUCGAGAAGAUCAGUGCACCCAAUAUCAUCCUUGUCCAUGGUGAAUCAAACCCAAUGGGUCGUCUGAAAUCCGCCCUCUUAUCUAAUUUUGCAUCCUUGAGAGGAAGCGAGCAAGAAGUGCAUGUGUUUAAUCCAAGAAAUUGCGUCGAUGUCACAUUAGAGUUUAACGGAAUCAAAAUUGCAAAGGCUGUGGGUAAUAUCGUCGACGAUAUACGAAGGGAAGAAGAAGAAGGUACUGAAGUGAAGGAAGAAGAUAAAGAUAAUGCUGUUGAGAAAACAAGUGUAAAGAAAGAAAAACCAGAUGAGGACGUUGAGGAACUGCCAAAUGGCGAUGAACAAGAAAUUGUUGUUUCAGGGAUUUUAGUGUCGGAUGAGAAAAAUUUUGAUUUGAAUUUAGUUUCACUAACGGAUUUGAGAGAACACCAUACCGAGUUGUCAACCACAGUGCUAAGAGAGCGUCAAACAGUCCACGUGGACUGUAAAAAGGAGCUCAUAUACUGGCACCUUUGCCAAAUGUUUGGAGAUAUUCGAGUUAUCAUUGAUGAAGAAAACGUUACGAAUAAGCUUAAAAGGGAGGAUGCUGAUGGAAGAAUAUCUGAUGGAAAACUAAAUGGUAAACUGGUAUUAAAAGUUAUGAAUGACAUAAAAUUGACCGUAUUCGACAACGUGGCGACAUUAGAAUGGACGCAAGGUCUGAUAAGUGAUACUGUCGCAGAUUCGAUUGUUGCUAUACUCAUGAGUGUCGAUUCUUCGCCAGCCAGUGUGCGAAUGAGCAGUCGCUCUUGCGAGCAUCAUCAUGAAGAGUUUUCGGAUGGUGUAAUGCCAAAGGAUCCAGUAUGGAAGGUGAAGCAAAUCGCAAAGCUUUUCAAGGAGCAGUUUGGUGAAACAUUCACCUUGAUGCUUGCGAAGGGAGACGAUCACAAGAUAGAGGAUGGUGACAUUUUUGGAGUAAUUACGAUCGGUAAGAACAAUGCCCGAAUUAACUUCUCCAAGAUGCAGAUAGAAGAGUGUAAUUCCAACCCACUCAAGGGGAGAGUAGAAAGAAUUUUGGAUAUGGGGGCAGAUUUAGCAGCAUCUUUAUGUUAA